AACGCGUCGAAUAAGCCUAAUUUCAUCGAAAUCGGAGACUUACUCAAGCUAAAGGAAUAUCAAGAUGACGAGUAAAUACCACCAUAGGCAGCGUUUAAUACCGAAACAUCAAGAUUCCUUACGUUUAAUAUUCUCAGUUUUUACUGCAAACGACAUAAGGAACUUGAGUGUAACGAAAAUCAUAACAUCAUUAUCUUAUAAUAUUCUUGGACAUCCACUAAAGGGUGGAUUAUAUGAUCCAUCUUUAGGCACAACAAAAAACAGUUCGGAAUUAUGCAGCACAUGUGGACACAAUAAUUCCAAAUGUCCAGGUCAUUUUGGUCAUAUAGAAUUACCAGUACCUGUUGUCAAUCCAUUAUUCCACAGAGCAUUGUCUAUGUUACUUAAACUGUCAUGUUUAAAUUGCUUCACGUUACAAGUACCAUCGUAUAUCAAGUUAUUGCUGUCCGCAAAAUUAAAAUUACUGUACCAAGGACAACUCAGCGAUCUUGAUGGUUUAGAUCACGAAGUAACAUCCAUAUUAUUGAAUAUUGAAAAAGAAGAAGAACGAACAGAAUAUAUUCGUAAUGUAAUUGACACUUAUAUGCAGAACUUCUUCAAUAGAAGUAGAUACAGUCAAAUCAUGCCUCAGAAUCCUGAGAAUCAAGCUAAUAUAAAGACUGUCAUUAUGCAAUGGCAUGCAUAUAUUGAAAAUAUACUUAAACAAUAUGUGAGAACCAAUAAAGCUGGGAUAUGCAUGAAUUGUCACGAUAGUCUUCCAAAAAUGUCAACAUUGCAAAACAAGAUAAUGAUAAGCAACAAGGAAAUUGUAAAGAAUUCUAAAGAAGUGCUCUCGUGCCAAGUGGUGCACAAAUUGGAAACGAUUAUGAUUAUGCCAGAUCAAUCCAAGGAAUACCUACGACAAUUAUGGAAUAAUGAAAGAGAUUUUCUCAAAAUAAUUGUACCUUGCUUAGAAUUGGUAGAUAUCGAAUAUCCUACUGAUAUAUUCUUUUUCGAGGUAAUACCUGUGCUACCACCAAUCGUGCGGCCGGUAAAUUUUCUUAAUGGUCAAAUGGUCGAACAUCCUCAAACUCAUAUCUAUAAAAGCAUUAUACAGGAUUGUUUAAUCUUGAGAAAUGUUAUACAAACUAUCCAAGAUGGAAAUAUUGAUCACCUACCCCAGGAAGGUCGACUUGUCUUUGAACAAAUAAAAGGAACUACAGCAGUUGAAAAGUUGCACAACGCUUGGCAAGCGUUACAAAGCAAUGUGGAUCACUUGAUGGAUCGCGAUAUGAAUAAAACGUCAGAAUCCAUCAAUGGUCAAGGCUUGAAACAAAUUCUUGAAAAAAAAGAAGGUAUCAUUAGAAUGCAUAUGAUGGGUAAAAGAGUUAAUUUUGCCGCACGUACAGUUAUUACUCCAGAUCCUGAUUUGAAUAUCGAUGAAAUUGGCAUUCCACCGUGGAAUGUUAUUGACUUGAGACGAUUAGUUUUAAACGGUCCCGAUGUUCACCCUGGCGCAGUUAUGGUGGAAAAUGAAGACGGAUCGAUACAAGCCAUUAAUAGUAACGAUUGUACGCAGAGGAAAGCUAUCGCGAAACGUCUCUUAACAACGAGCGAUAGGACCAACGAGUCCUUUAUUGGUGUCAAAAUAGUACAUCGACAUCUUCAAAAUGGCGAUGUAUUGCUAAUAAAUAGACAACCAACAUUACAUAAACCGAGUAUAAUGGCUCACAAAGCGCGUGUUCUCAAGGGUGAAAAAACAUUACAUCUUCAUUAUGCUAAUUGUAAAGCAUACAACGCGGACUUCGAUGGAGAUGAACUCAACGCUCAUUUCCCGCAAAAUGAAUUGGCUAGAAGUGAAAGUUAUAACAUAGCUAAUGUAUCCAACCAAUAUCUCGUGCCAAAAGAUGGGACUCCAUUAAGUGGCCUUAUACAGGAUUACAUGGUGUCUGGAGUACGACUAACAACUAGAGGGAGAUUUUUUUCAAAGGCCCAUUACACGCAAUUAGUUUAUGCAGCAUUGCCAAUAAUGCAAAAGGACAUAAUUCUUUUAUCGCCAACUAUUAUUAAACCGAAAAUGUUGUGGUCGGGUAAACAAAUCCUUUCAACAGUCAUCAUUAAUAUUAUUCCCUCGCAUAAAACACGAAUCAAUUUGGUCUCUAGCACGAAAAUUCGUGCGAAAGAAUGGCAAGCAGAGAUACCACGACGUUGGAAAUGUGGAACAGAAUUUAAAAAUUUGAUGACUAUGUCGGAAGCAGAAGUUAUAAUUCGACACGGAGAAUUGUUAUGUGGGGUACUCGAUAAAAUGCAUUACGGUGCAACUCCUUAUGGUCUUAUUCAUUGUAUUUACGAAUUAUAUGGGGCAAUAUGCGCGAGCGAAAUGUUAAGCGCGUUUGGUAGACUAUUUCAAAUGUUUCUACAGUGCGAUGGUUUUACUCUCGGUGUUGAGGACAUUCUAAUAACUCCUGAAAUCAAUGAAAAACGUAAAGAGAUCAUUUCCAAUUGUAGAAAAAUUGGGGAAACUGUACAAAAAUCUGUGGUAAAAGCAUCUAACGAUACAUCUAUGAACGAAAUUCAAGCUAAAAUGGAAGAAUCUUAUUGGAAUAAUUCAAAAUUUCGCGCGCAAGUUGAUCACAAAUAUAAAAGCACUUUAGACGUUUAUACCAAUGACAUUAACAAAGUUUGUCUGCUGACGGGACUUUUCAAGAAGUUCCCAAAUAAUAAUUUACAGCUUAUGGUGCAAUCUGGUGCAAAGGGAUCUACGGUUAAUACUAUGCAGAUAUCAUGUUUGCUCGGUCAGAGCGAAUUGGAAGGUAAAAGGCCACCGUUGAUGAUCAGUGGAAAAAGUUUAUCAAGUUUUCCAGCCUACGAUCCAACACCUAGAGCAGGUGGUUUUAUCGACGGCAGAUUUAUGACCGGCAUCAAACCCCAGGAAUGUUUUUUCCAUUGUAUGGCAGGACGCGAAGGUCUUAUCGAUACUGCUGUAAAAACUAGUAGGUCUGGUUACUUACAAAGAUGUUUAGUUAAACAUCUAGAGGGUUUGAUUGUUAGUUACGAUGCGACGGUUAGAGACUAUGACGGUAGCUUAAUUCAGUUUUACUAUGGAGAGGAUGGUCUCGAUGUAUCGGGUUCGCGUUUUCUAACAAAGAGUCAAAUUGCAUUUCUAGUUGAUAAUAAAAAUUCUAUUAUGGAUGCAAAGUUAUUGGAAUGUCUGAAAAGAAAUGACAAAGAGAUUGUGAAGAUGAUAAAAAAAAUCAAGAAAUGGGAAAGUAAGAAUGGUUCCUCGUUGCAAAAGAGGAGGAUCAAUGAGUUUAGUAAAUUCUCUAUGGAGAAUUCCAAUCAGAAUGAUGUGAAACAAAAAAUCAUUGAUAGUCAUAGUGGGAGGAGCAAAGCCGCAUUAUCGCUUAUGAGAAAGUGGACAAGGGCAGAAAAGGAACUGAAAGAGUCAUAUCGCGCACAAUGUACUAGAUGUCCCGAUCCAAUAAUAUCAAAAUACCGGCAAGAUGUUGAAUUUGGAGUAUUAUCUGAAAGGAUAGAAGGCUUAAUGGACGAAUACCUUUCUCGUCCAACAAAAAUUAAAAAAUCUGUUUUGAGAGAUUUAUUAUCCAUCAAAGUUAUGAAAACAAUUUGUCCGCCUGGUGAACCAGUUGGUUUAUUAGCAGCACAAUCUAUUGGUGAACCAUCUACUCAAAUGACUUUGAAUACCUUCCAUUUUGCAGGACGUGGAGAAAUGAACGUGACCUUAGGUAUUCCAAGAUUACGUGAAAUUUUGAUGAUAGCGUCAAAAAACAUAAAAACUCCAAGUAUGGAAAUACCAUUCCAAAAUAACUUGGAAAAUCUUGAAAAACAGGCGAAGAAGCUGAGAUUAAGAUUAACAAAAUGCGUUUUACGCGAUGUAUUAAAAGACAUAAUAAUAAGCAGACGAAUGGAGGAAAGUCCACAUCGAAGAUUGGUACACACUUUAAGAAUCAAAUAUCUUCCUCAUAAGUACUAUAAAGAAGAGUUUUCCGUUCAUCCGCGGGAUGUGAUUAAAUGUACCGAGGAACAAUUUUUCAAGAAUAUAUUCAAGGAAAUUAAAAAAUUUGCCACUAUUUCUAAAGUUUUAUUAAAGUUACAUUUCGAAGGAGAAAAAAGACGAAUAAACGAGGAUACAGUAAUAGAUGAAAUUGAUCCUGACGAAGUUGUACCGGAGAAUUCUGGAAACAGAACACGGAUGGAUUUAGGAGAGAUGCACGAGUCAUCCGAUGAGGAGCAAGCCGCGGAAGACGCCGAUGCUACAAUGGCUAAAUCAUUAUUGCGUCAUCGAGAGAAUCAAGAAUAUGAGGAUCCUGAAGAAGACGAAGAAAUUGAAGAUAUUGUAUUAAAUGAUAAGGAGGAAGAAGCAGACGAUAAUAGUAAUGCAAAUAGAAUUCUCGAGGAUAAGGAGGAUGAUGAUGAUGACGAUGAUAUUAAUAAGAAAUUAAAUCAUAGAAAAAAUAACAAUAACAAAUCUACCAACAGGAAGGAUCAUGUCUUGGAUAUGUAUGAAAGUGCUAUGGAUUAUGAUUAUGACGAGAAUAAACUAUCAUGGUGCAAAUUCACCUUUUGGUUACCACUUAAAACAAUCAGAUUGGAUUUGCCAACAAUAAUCAAGAAUGCUGCGAAUAAAACUGUCUUAUGGGAAACAAAAUGUAUUAAGAAAGCUUUUACAUUUCAAAACAGUAAAGGCGAAACAAUUCUCAAAACAGAUGGUCUAAAUAUAGUGGAAAUGUUCAAAUAUGAUAACAUACUUGAUUUAAAUAAAUUAUAUUCUAACGACAUUUAUAAUAUUUCUCAAACAUAUGGAAUUGAAGCCGCAAAUCGAGUUAUUGUAAGAGAAAUUAAAGAUGUCUUCAAGAUGUAUGGCAUCACUGUUGAUUUGAGACAUCUGUCCUUAAUCGCAGAUUAUAUGACCUUCGGUGGUACAUUUAAACCACUUAGUCGAAAAGGAAUGGAGAAUUCCGCUUCACCAUUACAGCAAAUAAGUUUCGAAAGUUCGCUAGGCUUUUUGAAAACAGCGACAUUGCAAGGAAAAAAGGAUGAUAUAUUAUCACCUUCGAGUAGAUUGAUGUUAGGACAACCGUGUAAAUCCGGAACUGGGGCAUUUUCUAUUUUACCAUCAUUGUACAACAUGUAA